AGAAGCACUCACAAGCGAGCCUCUCUAUACUGUGAAGAAUGGUUCGGUUCGGGUCGGUUCGGUUUGGUUUGGUUUUUGGCUGAAACCAAUUCCACAAAGGAUCAACAGUGUAAGAGUGCUUCAGCGCUACCCCAAUCUUUCAUUUCAUUUGGAAUUAAUGCAAUAGAAGAAGAAUAAGAAGAACAAGAAUGUCGUAUAAGGGAUUUGGGAAGGGUUCGGGACCCAUCGCACCUCCCAAAUCCCAACCCGCUUUCGGUCUGAACCCUCCCUCUUCUUACCUCCCAACCCUACCCGUUCCUUCGCCACAACCCAGACCUAGAAUCACUGAAUCUUCUACUUGGAGCGGCGGACAAAAACUGUUUUAUAAAGAUUUGGAUGCACAUACUCCCGAAAGGCCCACUUCAGCCACAACAUAUAUUGCUCCACACGAUUCCAUGACUGGUGUUACAGCCAGAGUUUCUAGAUUUCCGAACCCAGAGAGAACUAGAUCUCCUAUAUCAUAUGCUGAUGUUGAUGCUUUGGAGAAUUCUGAUCAAAUAGUUCUAAGAAAUAAGCCAGCUUUAUUUCCCAGCACUUUGGAUAGCCGGGCAAGUGCUCCAGUCAAUAAUGCCAACUUUUCAGCCCAUCAACUCCAGUCCUCAGUCUCUCCAUAUGUUGGUUCUCAGAAUCCUCAGCUUAGUUUUACUGAAGAACUUAACAGUCAAGGCUCAAAGAGAACUAGGUCCCCGCCUUCACCAUCUGCCAACAGACAGCAGAUUCUUAAUGUUGCUCAUAAAGACUUUAGAAGGCCUUCUUUGUCUCCUCCUAGAUUGGGAAGUGCAUCAAACGUUCCAAGGACUGUCCCUCAUUCUCAAUUUCUCCAAAACCCUUUUCCAUCUAAUGUUCCUGAAGUCACUGUAAGCAAGUCUUUCAGCUCCACUGCUCCUAAAAGAGCAAGGUCACCUCCUCCAUCAUUUGCAGCCAAUGAAACCCUUGAAGGAAACUCUAUUUCAUCAGAAGACAACUCUGAACGUGAAAUGUUAGCCAAGGCAAAGCGUUUAGCUCGCUUCAAGGUAGACCUAAGCAAAUGUGAACAAAAUAAUGGUGAUGUUGCAGACCAAAAGGCUUCUGCAAAUAGACAUGAACAGUCUGUGUUGGAGCAAAAAUAUGUGGGGGUACAUUUAAUGGAUUCAUCUAGCAACAUUACCAAUGGCCAUGCUGUUACUGACAAUGAAGGCUUGGACACAUCCAAUGUAAUUAUUGGCUUAUGUCCAGAUAUGUGUCCUGAGUCGGAAAGGGGAGAGCGUGAAAGAAAAGGAGAUCUUGACCAAUAUGAACGCUUGGAUGGGGAUAGAAAUGUAACCAGCAGACUUCUUGCAGUUAAGAAGUAUACUAGGACAGCAGAGAGGGAAGCCAGUUUGAUCCGGCCCAUGCCUAUCCUGCAGAAGACAAUUGAUUAUCUGCUAACUUUGCUAGAUCAGCCUUAUGAUGAGAGGUUUCUUGGGGUAUACAACUUCUUGUGGGACAGGAUGAGAGCAAUUCGGAUGGACCUGAGAAUGCAACACAUUUUCAAUCAAGGGUCUAUUACCAUGCUGGAAAAAAUGAUAAAAUUACAUAUCAUUGCAAUGCAUGAAUUAUGUGAAUACACUAAAGGGGAAGGAUUUUCUGAGGGCUUUGAUGCUCAUCUCAACAUUGAACAGAUGAACAAAACUUCAGUUGAACUGUUCCAGAUGUAUGAUGAUCACAGAAAGAAAGGAAUGAAUGUUUCCACUGAAAAAGAGUUUCGGGGCUACUAUGCUCUUCUUAAAUUGGAUAAGCACCCUGGUUAUAAAGUUGAACCUGCAGAGCUCUCCCUUGAUAUUGCUAGGAUGACUCCAGAGAUAAGGCAGACUCCAGAAGUUCUAUUUGCUCGCAGUGUAGCAAGAGCUUGCCGAACUGGUAAUUUUAUUGCCUUUUUUCGGCUUGCAAGGAAAUCAACUUACCUUCAAGCAUGUCUAAUGCAUGCUCACUUUGCAAAGUUGCGUACCCAGGCACUUGCUUCUCUACAUUCGGGUCUACAGAAUAAUCAAGGUCUCCCCAUUGCUCAUGUUGCUGACUGGCUUGCUAUGGAGGAUGAGGGCAUAGAAGGUCUCUUGGAGUAUCAUGGGUUCUUGCUAAAAACAUUUGAAGAACCAUAUAUGGUGAAGGAAGGCCCAUUUGUCAAUGCUGAUGUUGAUUAUCCCACCAAGUGUUCGAAACUUGUGCAUAAGAAAAGGUCCGAAAGGAUAAUUGAGGAUGUUUCACCCACAAUUGAAGCUGAAUCACUACAUGUUGAGACUAUGAAAGAGAUUCAGAUGAGGAAUGCAAUCAAUGCAUACAAGCAAGAACCACAAAUAGUUUCAGCUGUUGAAAAUGAUAAUUCUGUUCAGAAGGUUGAUGAGGAAAUUCCAGACUCUGAAACUUUUUUCUCCCCCAAGGAUAGUAAAUCAGGAAAGGCAUUUGAGGAAAUGCACACUGUUCAGGACAAUGGAAAAGAUCAUGAUAUGUCCCCUUCACGUCCAUCACUGCCAACCUUUCCUUUCCCUAAUGUUAUACCUGAGCCACAAUUUACUAGAAUUGACAAUUUUAAGAGUACCGAUUCCAGUUUGAUUUCUAGUAGCUCUCCAAAGAGAAACUUGCAGUCUAAUGUCGAUGGAAGGCCAUUAGAGAUUGGACCAAAUGCAGCUCCAUUAGAAAGUUCAUUUGGUAAUAGUUUUUCUGUGCCACCUCCUGUGGUUCAGUGUGUAGCCAAGGAUGAAUCUCUGCUUAUUCACCAUGAACGUGAAGAUGAAAUUAAUGAAGUUGGAGAAAAUAUUCAAGAUGAAGAAAUAGCUGAGGCGAAGCUGAAGUUGUUCUUCAGGUUAUGGAAGAGACGAGUGUCAAAAUUAAGGAUGUUACGGGAAGAGAGGCAAUUAGCAUCAAAUGCUGCACUAGAUUCAAUGCCAAUGGGUCCCCCAAUUCGACAUUAUAUAGAUCAACCUGGUAAUGUCAAUAAGUUUGACAUCGAUAUAGUUAUGAGGGAGAGAUGUGAAAAGCAGGAAGAAUCGUGGUCAAGACUUAAUAUUUCUGAUGUAGUUGCUGGUACACUUGGCAGAAGAAACCCAGUUGCUAAAUGCCUGUGCUGGAAAAUCAUUUUAUGUUCUCAGAUGAACAGUGGAUAUGAAAUGGGGGCAUCAGGCUUGUGGUUGACCUCAAAGAUCAUGCCUUCUAAUGAUGAUGAUGUGGUUAUUUCAUCUCCUGGCAUGGUAAUAUGGAGGAAAUGGAUUUAUAGUCAACCUGGCAUUGAUCCUACCUGCUGCCUCUCUGUAGUUAGGGAUACAGCAUUUGGUAGUCUAGAUGAGGUGGUAUCUGGGGCAGGUGCAAUUUUGUUUCUUGUGUCUGCGAGCAUCUCAUGGCAACUUCAGAGAGCUAAUCUUCAUCAUCUUCUAAUCUCUAUUCCCUCUGCGGCCUGCUUGCCUCUCCUGAUCUUAUGUGGUUCAUAUGAUGAAAGGUUUUCUUCUGUUAUAAUUAAUGAGCUGGGCCUUCAAGACAUUGAUAAAUCACGGGUUAGCAGCUUUCUGCUUGUUUUCCUCAGUGAGAAUAGGCAGAUGGAACACUUGGGUGGGUUUUUCAGUGAUACACGAUUAAGGGAGGGGCUACAAUGGCUGGCAGAUGAAUCACUCUCGCAACCCAACCUUGGCUGUGUGAAAAUCAGAGAUCUUGUUCACACCCAUCUUAAUUCCUUCUCGGGGGUGCAAGACCUUGUCAGUAACUCUAAGUUGGGUCCUAAUGACUAUAUCACAUUGUUCAAUGAAGCCUUAGGUUGCUCAGUGAAAGAAAUUAUUGCUGCUGCCAAUUCAAAUCCUGCUGGUUGGCCGUGUCCAGAGAUUGGUUUACUUGACAAGUCUUGUGAUGAAGAUAGAGUAGCAAAACAAUACUUGCCAACUUUGGGAUGGAGCUCAAAUGUGAAAACUGAACCAAUUAUUUGUGCUUUGCAAAACUGUAAGCUCCCUACUUUUCCUGAUGAUUUAUCCUGGCUGGCCAGAGGUUCUACUGUUGGACAUGAGAUAGAGAACCAGAGAAUACAGCUUGAGAAUUGCUUGAUGCAGUACUUGACUCAUACUAGUAAGAUGAUGGGAAUUUCUUUGGCAACAAAAGAAGCACGUGUCACAAUGCAAACCUGUGCUAGACUUGAGCUGUGUGGCUCAAGCUAUCGUGUAGUUCCACAUUGGGGUAUGAUUUUUCACCGAAUUUUCAACUGGCGUUUAAUGAGUUUAUCAACUAGGGAAAUCUCAAUGGCUUAUGUCUCAGAAUGUCAUCAUGUUGCUUCUCCAAAUGUGGGCUAUGAAACAUGGCUAUCUUCAUGUUAUUAUCCAGACGCAUCUUUAGAUGAAAUAAUCAGAGUUAGCUGCAACUCCCCUCUUCCCGUUAAUGGUCGCCCAAGGCCAGAAGCACUCCAACGUUUUGCACAGAGGGAUUCAAAUGAUGUGUUUCAUGAGACUGCUAACCCAAGGGAUUCUGAAAGCAAUCUUCCACUUGAUAAAUUUCCUAACAUAAGUACAGCUAGCACAUAUGGUUUGUAUAAUUCAAAUAGGGGAGCAUUAACGAAUGGGAUACCAAUCAAAGAAGCUGACAAGUUAAGCAAGUUGUUGGAGCAGUGCAACUUACUGCAGGAUGGUAUAGACAAGAAGCUCUUUGUAUAUUUCUAAUGGGCGUGUGACUUCUUUCUGUUUUGUAUGUAUCAUCAAGAAAAGAAAAAGUGAAAAAAGUAUGUCAAUCAAAUGCUAAUUAAUAGGAAAUUUUGUACGAUAAGUAUAUUAUAACAUCUAUUCCUUUGUUAUUUCGUUUCCUUGUCUCUCAGCUCACAAAUAUUGGGGACGGGUGAAUGGUCGGUCAGAGCAACUCCUGUAACACUGUUGGACUUGGAAGAAACAUGCCUUCCUGUAUUAUAAUUGGUAAUAUAUUUGAAAUAUUCAAAUGAAUGUGGAGUCUGAUUAAGAGAAUGAGGAAACUGACGACUGCAUACCAAUUUGACAACAUAAGCAGUAUUUGGCCAAAAAGUUUAUUUGUAACGUUUCAGAUUUCCACUAAUGUUAUUUUACAUUUUCAUGGAAAAUAAAUUUACAAUAAUUUUUU